AUUAGGUUAGAUAUUUUGGUAUACAUUUGUAUAAGAGAAGGUCUUUUGUUCUAAACUGGUUAAGGUGAGGAUAAGGCAUACGUAUCGGGGAAAAUGAAUGGACUAUUGUAUAUACUUAUAGCAGUUGGAUCUUUAUUCUGUAACGUUGCCGUUGCUAUUGAUAAAUCCUGUCCUUUCAAUCCAGUGGAUAUUGUUUUCGUUCUGGAUGGAUCUGGUAGUGAAGGUGCAGCUAACUUCAACAAACAGUUGAUGUUUGUAGAAAAUAUUACAGAACAAUUUGAAAUAGGGGAAGAUCAUACUCGCGUAUCAUUGGUAACCUUCGGUACCGGGUCACAUAACGAGUUUUACCUGAAUCAGUAUUAUAAUAAGACGCAACUGUUGUCACAAAUAGCAAAGGCGCACUAUCCUAAUGGCGAGACAAAUACACAUUAUGCAAUCAAUUUUGUCCGUACUAACACGCUUACCGCCAUGCAUGGUGCGGAAAGAAAUGUGACAAAACUUGUGAUAGUGCUGACUGAUGGACGGUCACUGGAACCUUCUGCAUUACAAUAUUCCGUGAAGGAGUUAAAGAAAAAUCCACUUGUCACGACAAUAGCUGUGGGAAUAGGAGGUUCAGUAGAUCCACAGGAAUUACUCAUGAUUGCUAAAGAUGCAAAUCAUACGUUUCAAGUGAGCUCAUUCGAUGCUCUGAACACUAUUCAGGGUGAGGUGACAGACACGGCAUGCAACGCAUGUAACAACAUCUUUUCGGAUGUUUGUUUCGUUCUUGACUCUUCUGGGAGUGAAGGCGCGAUCAAUUUUCACAAACAGUUGGAAUUUGUUAACAUUGUUGUCAACGAAUUCUCCUUCGAAGAUGGUGCUCAAACACGUGUUUGUCUCGUCACGUUUGCAAACAAUGCACACACAGAAUUGCAUCUAAGAAACAGUAUUAAUAAAGAAACUAUUAUGUCUAAUGUUCUAAAAGUGCCAUGGAGCAAUGGUGAAACGAUGACAAACAAGGGGCUUGAUAAUGCCAGAAAUGAACUUCACCGCAGUAUCGGGAGUAAAGUAGUAAUUGUAUUGACUGACGGACGCUCAACAGAACCAGAUUUGACACAGCGCUCCUCUGAACAUUUACACCGUACCGGUAUUGAAACAUUCGUCGUAGGAAUCGGUAAUAAUGUUGAUAGAAACGAAUUAAGGGUGAUAGCGUCCGACAGAGAUCACGUGUUUAAUGUCGGUACAUUUGAUCAACUUCCCCAGAUUCACCAAGACAUUGUGGAUAAAAUUUGUGCAACUGCUAAAAGAAUUACAACGUCGACAUCGACUACAACUACAACGACCACCUUACCACCUACCACAACGAAAGCUGCCUGUGGACUAAAGCCAGCUGACAUUGUCUUCGUGCUCGAUUCAUCAGAUAGUGAAGGUGCAGACAAUUUCAAAACCGAAGUAGACUUUGUCUACGACUUUGCCGCGCAGUUUUCCAUUGGGGCCAAUAACGUCCAGUUUAGCGUUGUCACUUUCUCCUCUGAUAUUCGUAAUGACUUUUUCUUCAACAAGCAUCAUCACAGACACACUGUUCUUCAAGCUAUCCGUAAUAUUCAGUACAUGGGCCAAGGAACGAACACAUCCGGAGCGUUGAACUUUGUGCGCACGCAGAGUCUACUUCCGUUGCAUGGGGCCAGGACUAACUCAUCCAAGUUCGUAAUUGUAAUCACUGAUGGACGUUCAGAUAACCAAAAUCAGACUAAACUGGAAGCGAAUCUUCUGCACAAGCAGGCACAAGUAAUCUCUGUAGGGAUUGGACCAGCUGUCGACAGAGCAGAACUAGCAAACAUCGCCUCAAACCACCAUGUUGUAACAGUAAACAGCUUUGCGCUGCUCAAAACAAUCAAAAGACAAUUAACUGAUCUGGCAUGUGAAUCAGGAUGAAGUUCUAAAUUGUACUGAAAAUAAACAUAAUGAAGUCA